UGCGUGGCAGUCUGUAUGCGCUUGCUGCGUGUGUGUGAAGGAUUUCCCAUCGAUGGCGCCCGUCCGUGCAUUGAACUUCGGAUGAUGCAGCCAAUCUCACCACCGCCGCUUCCGUCAUCAACAUUCCCCCCACCUCACCUCACCUCACUCAAUUCACCCCUCCACAACUCCCCACCACAACCACAGCCCACCAUCACCACAAGCCACGAACGGACGAACGAACACACGGAAUGACCAUGGCAGCCGAGAAAGCAUCCCCAGCAGCAGCAGCGGCAGCAGCAGCUUCGCCCCUGCAACCCCGAAACCCAAUGCCCCUCUCAGCAUCGCAGGAAGGUCAGGUCCGCGACCUUUACUACGCCCGCGUCCGUGGGUUCUGCGCGGAAGAAAUCCGACUCUUUGCCGAAUGCGCGCGCGGGCGAACCGUCACAGCGACAUGGGCGUGCCGUACCGAGCGCGGGAACAUGAACAAGUGCAUGGUCUCGCACGCAACACAAGAGAACAAUGACGCUGCCCGCGAGGAGUGGUUUCGACAGAGGAUGGAGAGGAAGAAGUUACGGCAGGAACAGGAUAAAGCGAAGAUUGCUGUAGAGGUUGUCAAGGGUCGUCCGAGGGAGGAGCCGAUUUCGGCUGAGAAGCGCGCUCUGUGAGGAGGUGUUGUUUCGUUGGAUUAUACGCUGUCCAUGGGAUCCGAGUUCCAAUCUCAAGGAAACUUCCUUUCCCCACAUCCGGAUAAGGGACAGAAACGGACGACGGCCUUGCGAAGAGAGGUGUAUGGUAGAAAUGGCGUUUGAUUCUGGAAUUCAUGCGCUUUGUUGUCUUCAACGUGUUUAAUAGGUAUGAGGAACUGUACAUUAAAACUGUAUAUAAAGCUGGGGACGCCAAGCAACAUCAGAGUAAGACUUGAAGCA